AUGGCUGAAGCGGUAAAGUUUGAGAAAUUUGAUGCCUCGGUGAACGAGCGUGGGGUUUGCCGGGCAGUUUCCAUCAGCUUUGUGGCACAUGUUCUUGGCUGCAGCGAGGAAGAGGACGGAGAAGUUUUUGCGCCUAUGCCAUCCUCCGGCUACCUGCCCGACGAAGUGGAAGCCUUGCAGAAGUGGCGGGCAGAUGAGCUGUAUGACGAGUCUGACUUUGUCAAGGACCUCACGGAGCUGCGUGCGCCAGCACCCAUAUUGAUGAGCAGCUUUGGGGACAAGCUUGCCUUGCACGAAAUGAUCUCUGAGAAGGUGGAUGGCUGGGACGCAGCCAUGGCAAAAGUCAGACCGGAGCUCGAGCAAGGAGAUCAGAAGUGUGCUUUCGUGCUUUCGUUCUACUACCUGAAGCCAGACGGUCGACGUGAGGGGAGACACGCCAUUGCUGUGGAUACAUCUGGAAGGGAAGGCCACUACCAUGUCAUGGAUCCUAAUCAAGGAGUGUGGCAAUUCGACAGUCUGAGUGCAUUGCUCCAGUGGUUGCAGCAUGGGGCAGAGCUGGUCGGCGGCAGACGUGUCCACACAACAACAUCAACCAACUCAGCGGCACUCAAUUCUCCUGCUACCAUGGCGAAGAAGACGCACCCAUUGGACUUACCCUGGACUUGUGGGAGGUCAUGGGAGCGAUUCAAGAUUAGCUGGCUCUGGCCGCUACUGCAGACGGGCGUGCGCCAUGCCCUGCAGGAGGAGGAUGUGUGGCCGGUGCCUGAGAAGCUCCGUGCGGAGCGGGUGGGCAACCGUGCGGCCGAGCUUUGGCGGGAGGCCGGCCUAUACAGGUUUGAGCUUUCGUGGUUGGGAUCUUGGGAGGGGGGAUCUCCGGUCUUGGUAACGGUAUUAUAG